AUCUGAUUUCCAGCUUUUCCCUCCAUUAUCCACAUCUUUUUUUCCACAGAAACCGAUGUUAGCGUCACCUUCCGAAUCAACCAAUCAAUAGCUAGCUUCAUAAACUAGUUCCCGCUUGCGGCUGCCAGUCACUUUCUUUCGUACGUGCCACGUGACAUUAAUAGGGAUUGCUAUUGGCUAAAAUCUAGCAUUUGGCGGUUCCCUCUCGGUCAACGUUUUAUUUUACUUUCCUAUUCGUGAUAUCGUGAUUUGUCGUUUGGUGGCUUUGGUAGCAUUGUUAGUGAAAAAUGGCUGGCGGUAAAGCGGGUAAAGAUAGCGGAAAAGCCAAAGCCAAGGCGGUUUCUCGUUCGGCUCGAGCUGGAUUGCAGUUUCCAGUAGGAAGAAUCCACAGACAUCUCAAGAACAGGACGACCAGCCAUGGGCGUGUAGGAGCUACAGCAGCUGUCUACUCAGCAGCCAUCCUUGAGUACUUGACUGCUGAGGUACUGGAGUUGGCAGGCAAUGCCAGUAAAGAUCUGAAGGUGAAGCGUAUUACUCCCCGUCACUUGCAGCUCGCUAUCAGAGGAGACGAAGAGUUGGACAGCCUGAUCAAGGCCACCAUUGCUGGUGGUGGUGUCAUCCCCCACAUUCACAAAUCCCUUAUUGGCAAGAAGGGUGCACAUUCACAACCUGCCUAAGAUUUUAAUUUUUAGUUUGUGUUAUUUCUAAGACUUGUAUGAUAAUAUUACAAUCCAUGUGUCGAUGAUGUGUUUUAAUAUUGUUGGGCACAUUUACUGUGAGGCGAUGCAGUUGUUGGAUCUUUGCAAUCCAAAAGAUGUGUAACUUUUAAACAAAUUUUCAGAAUUUAGGUAACUGCGGUUACAUAGUUUAAUUCAGUUAAUGUGUAAUUUUUUAAUGUGCCUUGUUCAAGUAACUUUUUUCUUUCAGUAUGUUUAGUUCAAUUGCAUAUGUUUGAUGUAUGUAGUUUGUGUUCAUUUCUUAAAGUAAAUAAAUGAUUUUCUUAAUAUA